GGCCAUACUGGGCGGAAGUGACGUCGCGGCCCGAGCGAGAGAGCGGAGUACAAAUAGAAAGGUUUGUACAGAAUGGCCUCUCCUCAGGAACGGAAACCCGCUGGUGCCAGAGGACCUUCUCGCUCCCCUGCAGUGAACACAUCUCCUGUGAAGAAGACUUCCAGGAAAGGAAAGAGCUCCAGUUCUCCGCAUAACCUGCAGGAAUUAAAGAAAAGGGGCCACAGGGCAAGAAAGACUCCUGAGAGGGAACUUUGUGAGCAGCUAGAAGGACUGGAGCUGACCAGUGAACCUACUGUGGAAGGAACAGGACUGGUUUACGAUGAGCUCAUGGCCGAACCUUGCUGCCUGUGGGAUGAUGGAUUCCCUGAGUGUCCAGCUCGUCUUCUUGCCGUAAGGGAUAAGCUGAACGAGUAUGGCUUGAUGGCUCGCUGCAUGCCAGUACCGGCAAGAGAGGCAUCUGAAGAUGAGCUCUUACUCGUUCACAGUCCUCACUACAUUGAGCUCAUGAAAUCCACGCAGAACAUGAAUACAGAGGAUCUGAAGGCCUUGUCUGACCAGUAUGACUCUGUCUUCCUUCACCCUAAAUCAUACCUUGCCUCCUGUAUGGCUGUUGGUUCGGUUCUUCAGUUAGUGGAUAAGGUCCUGCAUGCAGAGGUUCGGAAUGGAUUAGCCAUAGUCAGGCCUCCCGGACACCAUGCCCACAGUGACCAGAUGAAUGGGUACUGUAUGUUCAACCAGCUGGCUGUAGCAGCACGAUACGCCCAGUGCUCCCACGGGAUCAAGAGGGUUCUCAUCGUAGACUGGGAUGUUCACCAUGGACAAGGAACACAAUUUCUAUUUGAACAUGACUCAAGUGUCCUUUAUUUUUCUAUUCACCGUUACGAAAAUGGUAGUUUCUGGCCCCAUCUCACAGAAUCUUCUUGUACAGCUGUGGGCAAAGACCGCGGCGUACGGUACAACAUCAAUGUACCAUGGAACAAGACGGGAAUGACAGACGCAGAUUAUAUCAUGGCCUUCUUACAUCUCCUCCUACCAGUCGCCUACGAGUUUCAGCCACAGCUCGUCUUGGUGGCCGCAGGAUAUGACUCUGUUGUGGGGGAUCCAAAGGGAGAAAUGUUGGCUUCCCCAUCAUGCUUUGCACAUCUCACCCACCUACUGAUGGCUCUGGCCCACGGACGGCUGAUCCUGUCCCUUGAGGGAGGAUACAACCACCGCUCCCUGGCUGAAGGAGCCUGUGCUUCCCUGAAAACCUUACUGGGAGACCCCUGCCCAAAUCUGCCCUCGCCAUUGUGUCCAUGCAAAAGUGCCUUGGAUUCCAUUUCUGACACCAUACUGGCCCACAGGACGUUAUGGAGGAUCUUCCAGGACCUUGAUGUUAGAGAGGAUGUGGAUCCAGCAGUAGUAACAGAGGGAGAUGCGGCUGUAACGGACAAUGCUGUGCUGGAGAUCCUGAAUGCUUCGCAGCAGGAAUUAAUGAGGCCGAUCCCGGAGCAACGCACAGGACUGGUGUAUGACGAACGCAUGAAGGAACAUUAUAAUAUGUGGGACGGUCACCACCCAGAGGCUCCACAGAGGAUUUCUCAGAUAUUUCAGAGACACAAGGAGAUGGGGCUAGUGAGUCGCUGCACUCGCUUCCCUGGACGCGUGGCAGCUCAAACUGAAUUGCAGCUGUGUCAUAGUCUCGGCCAUAUACAGAAGAUGGAAGCCACUGCACACAUGAAGCCGCGGGACCUGCAUAGACUGGGCUCCGAAUAUAACUCCAUUUAUAUAAAUACGAAGUCAUACAGCAGCGCCUGCCUGGCUACGGGCUCCACGUUCUCUGCUGUGGAGGCUGUGCUGUCUGGGACGGUACAGAAUGCAGUUUGUAUUGUCCGCCCGCCUGGUCACCAUGCGGAGCAAGAUUCUGCCUGUGGUUUCUGUUUCUUUAACACAGUGGCACUGGCAGCUCGCUAUGCACAGAGUCUAAAGAGUGUCUCCGAACCUCCACUAAGGAUCCUGAUUCUGGAUUGGGACGUGCACCACGGAAAUGGCACCCAACAUAUAUUCCAGGAAGAUGCCAGCGUGCUGUACGUGUCCAUCCACCGCUAUGACCAUGGUCAAUUCUUCCCGUGUUCCGAGGAUGCAUCACAUCAGCAUGUUGGGCGCGGGCCCGGCGAAGGAUUCAACGUGAACAUUCCGUGGGAUGGUGGAAAGAUGGGUGAUGCGGAGUAUCUCAUGGCAUUUCACAGGGUGGUGAUGCCCAUUGCGUAUGAGUUCAACCCACAGCUGGUGUUGGUUUCUGCUGGAUUUGAUGCUGCCCGAGGAGACCCUCUCGGAGGCUGCCGUGUCACCCCAGAAGGUUACGCACACAUGACCCACUUGCUGAUGGGUCUAGCAGGGGGCAAGCUGGUGCUUGUGCUUGAGGGUGGUUAUAAUCUGACAUCCAUUUCUGAGUCCAUGGUAAUGUGCACUCAGACUCUCCUGGGUGAUCCUCUUCCCCCCCUCCUUGACCUCCGACCUCCUCGACUGUCAGCUAUACGAUCAAUCCAUAAAGUGCUCGCCACACAUCGGAAAUAUUGGCAUAGCCUGCGGCUGAAUGUGACAGAACGAAUCGGCCAUUCUUCGGAAGAAACAAAAGUCUACUUACAGUCCCCCCACAAGAACAGACCUGGUAAACGAAAACCUGAAACCAAAGGUGGCAUUUCGCCCCAGCCCAUCUCCAGCUCUUCAGUGCCAUCACAUCAGUCCACCGACGGUUCUCCUGUCACAUCUCUCCAGACCAUCUCCAGCUCUCCAGUGCCAUCUCUCCAGACCAUCUCCAGCUCUCCAGUGCCAUCACAUCAGUCCAUCCACUGUUCUCCUGCCACAUCUCUCCAGCCCAUCUCCAGCUCUCCAGUGCCAUCACAUCAGUCCACCGACGGUUCUCCUGUCACAUCUCUCCAGCCCAAUUCCAGCUCUCCAGUGCCAUCACCUCAGCCCACCCACAGUUCUCCUGCCACAUCUCUCCAGCCCAUCUCCAGCUCUCUAGUGCCAUCACCUCAGCCCACCAACUGUUCUUCUGUCACAUCUCUCCAGCCCAUCUCCAGCUCUCCAGUGCCAUCACAUCAGUCCAUCCACAGUUCUCCUGUCACAUCUCUCCAGCCCAUCUCCAGCUCUCCUUCCACAUCCCCACAGCCUGUCUCCAUCUCUCCUGUCACAUUGUCCCAACAAUUCUCCAACUCUCCCAUUGCAUCCCCCCAAGCCACCCUCAGCUCUCCCAUUACAUCAUCUCAGCCCAUUUCCAGUUCUCCCAGACUAACAAUCCAACCCAUUUCUAAUUUAACUGGGCAAUCACAAACGAUUGGCUCCAUUUUCACAUCAUUUUUGCCUGUUUGUGCCCCUGAAGUGCUCAUCCCUAAUGUAGAUUCUCACCCAGGAGAAAUGACAGAUUCUCACCCAGGAGGUUUUGGUGGUUCGACAGCUAUGACUCUAAUAACACCCAUCACACAGUGCUAUGAACCUGGAGCACAGGAGCAAACUAUCUUAGAGUUCCAAACUACCAUAUGUGAAGACAAGGAAGGCUCUGUGGGAGGACCAAAGAACAUUUUAAAUGAGUCUGUACUGGGGUUGUCUCCUAAACACGCAGGUGCAGGUGGAAUUGGUGAACAACCUUCCAAAGAGAGGCAUCUUCAAGAGCCAUCAAUCAAAAGCCACGUAUCGGUGCCUUCCUCACAACAGCACUUACCAAAUGUCAUAUUAAUGGGGGAGCCACCAUGUACCCCAGUAAAUGAGCCAGGGCUGCAGGCCUCAGGGGAAUUUCCUAUAGAUCCUCUUCUCAAGCUUAGAGACUUGCAGCUGGGAGAUGACAGAGACUUUGCAUCUCACACUAAGGCCUCUCCGGUUAACCGGGUUUCCAGCAAAAGUUUAGUCUCCACUGUACGAGAGGCUGGAGAUGAGAUCGCCAGAGAUCAUACAGUGCAAGAGGAAGCUCCGUGUGUGGACCGCCACAAUGAGCAAGAGCUGCUAUCGGAGGCUACUGGUGGCUCUGACGUUCAUUCCUUGUUCCAAGGGUUUGUGGAUGCUUUGCAGGAUGAAUCGUGCUCCGGCUUUGCAGUACCUCUUUCCUGGUGUCCUCACUUGGUGACAGUGAAUGUAGUGCCGUCGGACAGUCUGAAUGUAAUGGAGCCAUGCGUCUCGUGUGGCAGUGUCAAGGAGAACUGGGUGUGUCUAACUUGUUACCAGGUGCACUGUGGAAGGUACAUUGCUCAGCACAUGUUGUCUCACCAAGCGACGUUUGGACACAAUGUUGUUCUCAGUUUCUCCGAUCUGUCAGUGUGGUGCUAUGCGUGUGAGUCCUACGUAAAUAACGAGGUCCUGCUCCCUGCGAAAGCCGCUGCUUACUAUGCCAAAUUUGGAGAGGAAAUGCCAGGCUACUGAGCCACCCAGACCGACCGUAUCUUUCUUACGUGUAUUUAAAGUUAUUUCCUGUGCACAAAUAUUUUCCCCACCAAUAAAUGUGUUGUGAGUUUUUA